GGUGUCAACGUAGUGAACUCUUGUAGUGAACUCUCCAAGACACUUGUAGUGAACUCUCCUGCUGGAGAGUUGAGUGCAUGUGGGACAUUGGAAAACUCUUAAGGGGAGCAAUUCCCCCUCAAUUGCUCACAGCUCAAGUGAGCGUGAGAUGAGAGAGAGAGCCCCGAGAGGGUCUGCUGGAGAAAAGAAAGAGAGAAGAGAAAAGAAGAGAAAGAAAGAAGAGGAAGAAGAGAAAGAGGAAGGAUAGAAAAACUCAUAAGCAUUGGACAUAGCCUCUGUAGACAAUGGGAGCUAGAAGCCGAAUGCCUGCUACCAACAAGCCUAAAGAGCAAAAAACACCCAUCCAGCGAGCACCACACACAAAACCCCCAUUCACUCUUAGCCAACUCAAGAAAGCCGUCCCACCCAAUUGUUUCCAACGCUCUCUCCUACGCUCGUUCUCAUAUGUUGUUUAUGACCUCUCCUUAGCCUUCCUCUUCUACUAUAUUGCUACCUCUUACUUCCAUCUCCUCCCUCACCCCCUUUCCUACUUGGCAUGGUCAAUCUAUUGGGCUCUCCAAGGCUGCAUUCUCACCGGCGUUUGGGUCAUCGCACAUGAGUGCGGUCACCAUGCCUUUAGUGACUACCAAUGGGUUGAUGACAUGGUUGGCCUAACCCUUCACUCUGCUCUUUUAGUUCCAUACUUUUCAUGGAAGAUUAGCCACUGUCGCCACCACUCUAACACCGGCUCCCUUGACCGAGAUGAGGUGUUUGUCCCCAAGCCGAAAUCCAAAAUGCCAUGGUUUUCUAAGUACUUCAACAACCCACCAGGUAGGGUCCUCACUCUUUUGAUCACACUCACUCUAGGCUGGCCCUUGUACUUAGCCUUGAAUGUUUCUGGCCGACCCUAUGAUCGUUUUGCUUGCCACUAUGAUCCCUAUGGCCCCAUUUAUUCCAAUCGCGAAAGGUGUCAAAUAUUUGUCUCGGAUGCUGGUGUCUUUGCUACAACUUAUGUGCUUUACUACGCAGCAAUGUCAAAAGGGCUGGCAUGGCUUGUAUUCAUUUAUGGUAUGCCAUUGCUCAUAGUGAAUGGCUUCCUUGUAUUAAUCACCUACUUGCAGCACACUCACCCUGCAUUGCCGCACUAUGACUCAUCAGAAUGGGAUUGGCUUAGGGGGGCAUUGGCGACGGCGGAUAGAGAUUACGGAAUGCUGAAUAAGGUUUUCCACAAUAUCAUAGACACCCAUGUGGCUCACCAUCUCUUCUCUACCAUGCCUCAUUACCAUGCAAUGGAAGCCACCAAAGCAAUCAAGUCAAUAUUGGGCAAAUACUACCAGUUUGAUGGCACUCCAGUUUACAAGGCAGUGUGGAGGGAGGCUAAAGAGUGCCUUUAUGUUGAGUCGGACGAGGGGGCCCCUAACAAAGGUGUUUUCUGGUAUCAGAGCAAGCUGUGAUAUUGGCUGGAUAGAGCCAAAGAAAAUGUGAUUAGUAAGGUAGUGUCUUUGGUCAGUUUGGUGUGUUAAGGAACAAAUAAUAAUAAUUAGCGACUAUGAAUAGUUAUUGUUAAACAAAAUUCACCCUUAUGUUUAGCAGGAACUUUUCUG